UGGCUCAUUGUUAUUCUGCCCGAGUGAGAGAGGGGGACUCAGGAGAAUGGGAGGCUGACUGGGGUUUCCAACGGCGGGGUUGCUGGUCGCACUGGUUCAGGUUUUGGUUGCGGCUCUCUGGCCAGUUUCUCUUCUAUGCAGGCAUGAAGGGCAUGUUGGUAAUCGGCUCAGUAAUGAGGAAAAGGUACUGAAUGGCACCAGAUAUCUGACCCCGAUUCCCGGGAGUAAAAAGAGGCAGAGGGAGAGGGGGAAAAAAAGGGACGGGAGAAGGCCAUGUGAAAAAAGGAGGUGGAGGGGAGGUGAGAUUUAGUGCUCUGCUGGAUGAAGCAACCCCCCACUAACUGGCGGAGAGGGAAAGUAGUCUAAUAGGAAGAAAAGAGGGGGAGUUAUAGUUCAUUAAACCCUUAAAAGACAUGCUCCAAGCUUUUAUCAUUUCAUACAAAGAGCCCAGAAAAGGUCCAUCUCUUCUCCUUCAGAGGAUCUGAGACUUCUGUAAAGUGUAGAGAGCCGAGCAAGAAAAGGAAAAGGAGAACGAAGGCACAAUCAGCAGCUGCAGGUCUGUGAGAGAAUCAAAAAUGUCCAGAACUGAAGAGAUCAACAAGAUGACAGAAAAUGUCUACAAGGGCAUUUUGGACCAGUUCAACCCCAGUCUGAAGAACUUUGUGACCAUGGGAAAACACUACGAGAAAGCUCUGACAGGAGUGACGGUGGCCGCUAAGGGCUACUUUGAUGCUCUGGUGAAACUUGGAGAGCUGGCCAGUGACAGCCAGGGCUCCAAAGAGCUGGGGGACACAUUGUUUCAGAUGGCUGAGGUGCACAGGCAGAUUCAGGUGCAGCUGGAAGAUGUGUUAAAGCUGUUUCACUCUGAGAUGCUCACCCAGUUGGAGCAGAAGCUGGAGUUGGACAUUAAAUACCUCACAGCCACUCUGAAGAAAUAUCAGAGCGAGCGCAGGUCUCAGUCGGAGUCGAUCGAGCGCUGCCAGUCGCAGCUGAAGAAACUCCGCAGGAAGAGCCAGGGCAGCCGCCACCCAAACAAAUAUGGGGACAGAGAGAUGCAGUUUGUGGAGCUGAUGAGUCGGCGACAAGGCGAGCUGGACACGCUGGUGGCCACAGGAUACAAGUCUGCACUCACAGAGGAGAGGAGAAGAUACUGCUUCCUGGUGGACAGACAGUGCUGCGUCACCAAGCUGCUCAUAAACUACCACUCCAAGGUGAGAGAGCUCCUGUCGCAGAAACUGUCGUCCUGGCAGCUGUCGUGCUCUCAGCCCACGAAGCUCCCGGAGCGGGCCCUCAAUCUGCUGCGUCACACAGCGCCGCAAAACCCCGGGGCUGCUGGGAUAGCCGAGGUCCUCCGUCACACCAAGCUGGGCACUGCUCAGCCAGAGCAGAGGCUUUCUGUCCAAGAGGUCCCUCCUAUGCUGAAUGGAGACUCAAGUCGCUCCCAGCCACAGCAGCGAUCGAUCCCUUCAUCCUCCUCCUCCCACAGUGACACCGGUCCUCCUCAGGGCUCCCCUCACACUUUCCGCGCCUCCUCCUCCUCCGCCGGUGGAGUUGCUGGAGGCUCGACUCGUGGAGCUUCUCCUCAGCACACCACCACGCCCCUCAGCGCCUCGCCCAGUCCCCUCCCUGAUGGCAGCCCGGCAACGUCCAACUCCAACACCUCCACCCAGCAGGGCUCCCUCCUCCUGGCCACGAACACGUCCAACCUCUCCCCGUGCCUCAUCCCUUCCACCGUGAUGUCCCUCAGUCAGAUCUCGCAGAACAGCGUCUCUUCGCAGGGCGUGACCCUCCCUAUCCUUCACAGUGCUCCCCACAGCCCUCCGCUGUCCCACAGCGCUCCUCUCUCCAGGGCUCUGACCCCGGUGCAGCUGCUGCACCCGCAGGUCGGACCGGGAGGAAGCCACACUCUGUCUCCAUCGCACAAUCCCUGGCUGCUUAGGUCGGGGGACGUGUCUGCUACCGCAACUCUGCCCCUGCCCAGGAGGCCUGCCAGUGAAAUGAGGCUGGGAGGCUUUCAGGGCUCCAGUCUCCCUAGAGUGCUUCCACUAUCUGGGGUGACCCAUGUUGAAGCCCUGUUCGCACACACACCUGGAGCGUCGGAAGGUGCUGGUGGAAAUUUAGGAGGCGGGGCUUGCUUACUUCACUUCCUACCCGGGGACAAGAUCACCCUGCUCAUCUCGGAGCCCAGAGACGGGUGGCACUACGGUCAAAACGAACGCACCGGACGGAAAGGUUGGUUCCCUUUCUCCUACACCCAACCACAACACAGCAGAACGGAUCGCCUUGAAGGAUCUCUCCUUUUAUCUAAGGCUAACAGCACCAGCACCGGACAGCUUGACAAACUAGUGUCUGCAGGUCUCCCCGCCCUCACCCCUGAGUCUGAGGAGGAGCGCUCCCUUCCUCCUCAGAGGGUCAGCACCUUCCGCCCGCGGCCCUACAGCAUGGCCGACAGCAACAAGAUCACGUCAGAUUUAACGGCUUCCCCACCAUCGCCCACCAGGCCUAAUCCAUUUGCCCACAUCCGAUUGAGAAAAACCGUCACCAACGAUCGCUCGGCUCCCAUUAUCGAGUGAGCGCAGCAGCUUUUGGUGAUCCGUAAUCAGUUCAGCAAUCCUCAGGUUGACUCCUGGAAACGGCACACUGUUUACAAACUGUGAUUAACUUUUCUCAUUUUUUUUUUUCUGAGUUGAAUCGUGUAAAACAUUUAUUCCCAAUGUUUAAAAAAAAAACCAUGUAUUUUAGCUCAAAGUUGUUUAUGUGAUUUCAAUUUAACUGUAACACCUGAGAUUUCAGUAUGAACGAAACGUGUUUAUUAAGAUAAACUGUACAUUUGAUGGUUUCCUUGUGUUUCAGAGCAUCACGCUGCAUCUUAUUAGGAAAAAAAAAAAAAGUGGCUAAGCUGUCCUGGUUGGCUCUGAGAUGUGAAGGGUGCCUUUUGUUUGUUCUGUGUUUUCUUUUUAUUGUGUGCCAUAUUCACAAAAGUGUUUGAAUUCUGAUGAAUUAUGGACUGGAUCCUAAAGAAAACGGUUUUACACGUUUCUCACGGAAGUAUUAUUGGGAUAAGGACAGGCUCCUUCUCUACUGCAUUUUAUUUUUUUUUCCCACAAAAGCUUCUAUGUUUGUUGCAUUUUAGUGAAGGUGGAUAUUUAAAUGCAGUUGAUGUUUUUGUUUUAUUUUACAAAGCUAAUUGAUUAGAUGAAGCACAGGACAUAUUUUAAUGAAACUGAGACAAUGAGUUGAUAUAUUUGUUCGUUUUGAUAACCAUGCGUACAAAGUGACUAAAUGCACAAUUCCUAAAACAUAAUGCCAGUUAACUCUAAAAUGUCUGCUGCUGUAACCAUUUCUAUUUGUUUUUGUUAGUGAAGGCAUUCUGAUUUACUUUAACUUGUUACCUUAAAUCAGGAUAUAAAGAGCAGAAUCUCUUUCAACAUUCUCUUUAAUCAUAACAAUUUGGCUCCAAUACAGUAUUUAUAAACUCAUUUGCUGUGAAGGUUAAUAGGAGACGGUCUGGAAUGUGAUGUUAAAAAGUAAAGUGCUUUUUUUUAGUUUGGAAAGGUUAAUAGUUUAAAGAAUGAGGAGCUCACAUGCUUAGUCUGUGGAUUUUACAUCUUGAUUCCUUUUCAGACCUGAAUCUAAAGCUCUUCCACCAUCUAUAGACUAGCUGAUUGUUGAUGCGUGUUAACGAGCCCGACUGAGCAGAAUCUUAAAGAGUGAUGUGAAAGCCGAGAAGGGGGACAUGACUGAGCUCACUGUGGAAGUGUUUUCAAUGAAAGUGAAGGAGAAAGCAUACAGGAAGUUGACCUGUGUCUGAGCAAGUGUUGGUGUUAAACUAAAGACGUCUGAAGUCAUAUUUCAAGAUGUGUGAGAAUAAAAACACGCUUUGUGCAAAGUGAAAU